UACCUAUGUAUAAACUGACCAUUGCCGGUUCCUAUCCAUUCCGUUUGCCAAUCACCGCAAGAAAGCGUGAUAGGCACAACCAACGGAUGUUUGUUUGUCCGUUUUUUCAUGGUAUUAGCUGUAAAUUUAUAAAAGAUUUCUGUACGAAUGUGACCACGAUAUGUUUUGCCAACCGGCAACUUUUCAUCGAAGUGUUGCGAUUGAAUUUCUUUAAUUUAGAUCAUCCAGACAGUCACGAUACUUCUGUAAAUGUUUCCUGUUUCUGUUUUGUUCUGUAAAUCAAAUCCUAGCUAAAACGUAGACUGCGCAAAAUACAAGACUGUUGAGGCACACAAUAAGCAGCCAACCAAGAAACAUUUAAUUUAGGGAUGGUUAACCUUAAAGAUAUAAAAAUGACUGAAUUGUUAAAAACUGUGUGUCUUAAAUAUCAAAAAAGUGUCAGUGAAAACCCGAAUGUUAUUGGUCAGGUAGAGACAGGAUUUCGACUUUUAUCCUAUAUUGUUGCAGGACGUUUCCAAGAUUCACAGAUUAUAUCAGAACUGAUGUAUUCUGCUUCAAAUCUGCUUGUACUUAUGAACGAUGCUAUCCUUAAAGGGACUUCCAAGAUAGAACAAAUCUUACCUUUGUCUAUUGAACGUUUAAUGCGAUAUUUGACAAUCAUUGAGUAUAUUGAAGUAUUUGUUGAAAUAACAGCAUUAAGAAUGAGUGGAAGUAUUGGUAGAUGGGUUGUCAUACUUGUUAUACAAAUAGCUAAAGCAGCAUUUCGUUUAAUUCUGUUAACUAGAUAUAAAGCUGGUAUCCAACCCACACCACCUAUUACACCUUUAAAUCGAGAGUGGAUUAUAGCACAGUCGAGAUCAGGCCACCAAAACACCACAACAGAUGAUACCGUCCCUAGUGACCAGUCUGUGCCCGAGACGACUUUCAAAUUGACAAGGUCAGGCAGAACCAUUCGUAAAUUAGAAGCAACUCCAGCAAUGCAUUUACGCAAGUGGAAUCUACCUGUAGAGAAUAAAUCCAGUAAAGAGAAGCAUACAAUUUUAACUCCCACAGUUCUUGACAGACAAAGAAUAUGGGCUGAAGGAAUUCAUAUCAUUAAACCUUUAAUACACUUAGCCACUUUGUACAAAUGUGGCCAAGCAUCUUGGAAACCAUGGUUACUGUCUUGUGGAUUUGAUAUUUCCAGUCUAUGUAUGAUGGGAGAGCCUUUUGAUUUAAAUUCUAAUGAAAAAGGAGAAUUGAGAAGAAGAACAUUCAUGCUUUUGUUUUAUCUUCUUCGGUCACCAUUUUUUGACAGGUAUUCACAGGCAAAGAUCAUCUUCAUGUUGAAGAUAUUAGCAGAUAAUAUCCCAGGAAUUUCAUUACUGAUCCGACCAUUUAUCGAAUACCUUCCACAGUGGCAGAAGUGCUAUUUCUAUACUUGGUCAUCAUAAAAAAUAUAUAAUAUUUUUUUUUAUUUUAUAUUAAUGAGACAUUUCGUCUUUCAAAAAUCAGAUUAAUAUUUUAAAUAUGUCUAAAAUCUUUGAUUUACAUGUAAAGUGAAUUUUAAUAAAUUGGAUAAUA